AUGACAACGGCUUCUCAGUUGAGAGCGACGACUACUGCUAUCACCGUCGUCGCUGCCAUCACCGCCACCACCACGUUGGCUGCCAUUGCGAUCGCUGGCUACAUUCUCAAUGAUAUCAACAACUUCUAUGACAAUACCAUAGAAGAGUUGGCUGAAUUCAAGGAUUUGGCGAAUACGGCAUGGCAUCAUAUGAGGCCACAUCCGUACGAUACCUUCCGUCAGAGAAGGUCAGUAGUAGAAGGCCGAAUACGUCGCCAAUGGCCAGACACCUGCAAUUGCGGCCCUCAGGCUAAUAAAUGUCCAGUAGGACCACCUGGUCCACCAGGUCCACCUGGAGAACCAGGAGAGCAAGGAGCACCGGGAGAGCAGGGCAAACGUGGCCACGAUGGUGUCUCGCUCACUGGUGCUGGAGGUGCAAGUGGUUGCAUAAAAUGCCCUGUUGGACCACCAGGUCCACCUGGUCCAGAUGGCCCUCCAGGUCCUCCUGGUCCAGAUGGGGCACCAGGCGAGUCAACUUCGAAAAGUGGCCUUGGAGUGCCCGGACCAGCUGGUCCACCUGGUGACCAGGGACCACCCGGUCCACCAGGACCUCCAGGACCACCCGGUGCUCCAGGUAAAAAUGGAGAGCGUGGAAAGGCUCUUCCAGGCCCUCCAGGAGUUGCCGGUAAAAAUGGAGAGCGUGGAAAGGCUCUUCCAGGCCCUCCAGGAGUUGCCGGUCCACCCGGUCCACCAGGACCUCCUGGACCUAGCGGAAAUGAUGGAAUCACCGGAAUACCUGGACCAAUGGGAGCACCAGGAGCACCAGGAAAAGCAGGACCACGUGGAGAAGAAGGACGACAAGGACCUGAGGGUCCGGUGGGUAUGCCUGGACACGAUGCCGAAUAUUGUCCAUGCCCACCUCGAUCGACUCGCUUCGAACGAAUGCAACACGAAAGCGGUGCUGCUGCUGUGCACAGUUUCAGUUUCGACAACACAGCUGAUAACCCGUACAAUCUGAGGCUGAGAGACGACGUGCAUGAAGGCAGGCACAAAAUGGGCGCUGCCACUAAAAUCGUGGGCGCCCUUAUAGUCUUGACCACUAUCGGCACUACAGCUUGUCUACUCCUUAUCGGUUAUCUCGUCAACGACAUCAGCACGUUUGUCGAUGACACGGUCAGCGAGCUGGCAGAAGUUAAGGACAUGGCAAACACGGCAUGGGACCAGAUGCGUCCAGCUCCACAUGAAAUAUUCAGAUACAGAAGGAGAGCGAGAAAAGAACGACGCAGAGGGCGCCGCUAUGGGGAACUAGAUUGCAACUGUGGUCCGCAACCAAAGAACUGCCCACCAGGACCACCCGGCCGUCCUGGGCGGCGCGGCCCUCCUGGAUUCGAUGGGAAACCGGGUAAGCCAGGUCCACGCGGUGUCGAUGGCCCACCUAGGUACGGAUUUAUAGAACCACCAUGUGUAAAAUGUCCCACUGGUCCACCAGGACGACGUGGUAAAACAGGAGAACGUGGUUUGCGAGGUCCCGACGGUUUGCCUGGAAGACCUGGAGUGGACGGUUGCGGUGGACCACCAGGACCACCCGGACCAGUCGGUGACGAAGGGCCAACAGGGGUACCAGGACCAGAUGGACCUCCAGGAGUUCCAGGAAAGGAUGCUAUGGUGUCCGGAUAUUCUGAGCCAGGACCAAUGGGACCAAUUGGUGAACCGGGCUUACCUGGCGUUGAUGGCCCUCCUGGAGGUGAUGGAGGCAUUGGAGCAAGGGGACCACCAGGACCGCCUGGAGAACCUGGAAGACCAGGAGAACCUGGAGAGGACGGGCCGCCUGGAAAGGACGGAGAAGUGGGUCCCCCCGGGCCAGACGGGGACUAUUGCCCAUGCCCUAUGAGAUCAGUUGUAGAAUUGGGUGAUACGGAUACAAUGGUGGAGGUCUUGUAUGUAGACGAUAUGAAGAGGAAAUCCGGUAAGCGCUCGAAGACUACUGCUAAACCACGGAAAGUAAGAACUGUCAAAGGACAGCGCGCUUAUCAACGCCCUCACAGAAGGUUCAGGAAGAAGAAAAGUACUUUUAGGCACAAGUCAUAA